AUGCAACAACAGUUAAAGAUGCAAGAGCAGUUGCGAGCAACGCUCCUCAAAAUGCAGAAAGACAUGAACGAGUAUUUUGCUCAACAGGAGCGCAGUCUCCGGCAGGUGUACGGUGAACUGAGAGGGCGAUUGGAGAAGAUUCAACAAGCCGUAAUGGUAUGCAACGGCAGUGCUGUCGGUCUCAGCAAUACUUCCGGAUAUAUGGACAGCAUCGAUCACGCCACACCAGUCUUUACACGCUACAUCUCAGAAAGUCAACGCGGGGCGGCGGCGGCGGCUGUAGUGGCGGCUGCGGCUGCAGCUGCUGGAAAUAGCAUGAUGGUUCCAUCUACACCACCAAGUGAACGAAUGCCUUUUAUGCAUUCAGAUUCACAAGUUCAAAGAGGCAGUGAUAUGUUGCCACAAGGAGUUGCUGGUGGAGUUGGGGAAGAUGCGGAUUGGGCAGCACUUACAGGAUCUAGCCGUCUUGAUGUUACACCUGCUGUUUCUCCACAGAAACAAUGGAGAGAUGAUGAUCAUCAUAUGCGAGAUGAAAGAAAUCCUUCUGUAGAUUAUACUUGUUUUGAGACACUUGACAGGUUGAUGAAUGAUGAUGAUAUACAACAUAGCGCCAUGACAUCAAUGCUUUCACCCUAUAUACAAGAUGAUGAAAUAAAACAACAACAACAACAACAAAGUAUGAUGUCCUUAAGUUCUAAACCAGAUGUUAUUCAUAUCAGUACCCUCAGUUCUUUACAAAAUCAACACCUUACGACCAGUUUAAAGGUUUCAUAUGUUGACGGUCGACCUAAAGCGGUACCUGUCGUGGAUGGUGCACUUGAUGAACCUGAAAAACUUGGUAUUGAUAUACAUGCCCGGUGUAAAGUAUUGGUAGAAUUCAAACGAAAACGAGUCUUACAGUUUGAAUCUAAAGAAUAUGUUCCUCCUGGAAGUUAUGUGAUAGUUGGUGGUGACCGAGGAGAGGAUUUGGGACUUGUAACAUACACCUGGUGUGAAACUACAGUAGCGAAACCCACGAAAGGUGACACUGGUGAAUCUAGCAGUAAUGGCAACAAACCCACCGUAUUGGGGGUUGGCCUUUCUGGUAGUACACUCAUACGAAGUAUUGGUCUUGGUACAGGAACAGUACUACGAUUGGCAACGGAAUCAGAGGUUGCACAGUUACACACGGUGCAGGUGGAACUGGAGCGGCGUGCAAUUGAUGUGUGCUCGCAGCGUGUGCUUGAGCGUGGACUGCCCAUGACCAUUGUGGACGCAGAGUACCAGUUUGAUAAGAACAAACUUACAUUCUUUUAUGAGGCGCAGCAGCGUAUGGACUUCCGUGAGUUAGUGCGAGACUUGUACAAGACAUUUCGGGCGAGGAUAUGGAUGGAAACGGUGGAAAGUUAA